AUGUUGGAUGCGAGCAGCGCGACCAAGGCCAAAAAAGUCGCUGACACAAUGAAAGCUGGCCGGAUGAGCCAGCACGCGUUGCUGACGAGCAGGGUUGAACUACUGGAGCACGUGGAUCAUCUCAUCAAUCCAGCGAAUGCCAUUAGCAAGAUGACGCCUCCGUCUUUGCUGGCCUCCCUCUUGAAGUUGCAAGACGAGGACGUGUCGCUGCCUUUCGACCUCCGGCUUCAAGUCUCAGAGCGCUUCAUGAACGAAGUGUGGGAUGAGAUUGCCCAGGCCAGCACGCACGAGGAGAAGGCUUUCCAGAAGGGGCUCAUCAAAUGGAUGAGGGUGUGCGCUGUGUGGGAAACUUCGAAGGAAAAAUCUGGCGGGAAGCCGGAGGGACGCGAGAGCGACCCCACGUUUGGGUGGAUUCUCCAAGCCAUGCAGGACGAGAUCGGUGUCUUGCUGAAGCUGAAGCAAUUGUCCCCCGAUGAAGCGGAGAAGAAGAAGACGGAAAACCAGGAGGCUUUGUCCGAGUACCUCAUCGAUUGCCUUGCGAGCGAGCAGUUGCUCACGAUGUUUCAGACACCCACAAAGGAUUGCCGCAAGAAGUUGCUUCUGAUCUCGGAGGCCUUUCUGAAGGCUUUUGCCGAGGCGAAGUCUCAGAAGCUUGUCUACGAAGAGCUUCCGGAAGUCGUGUGUGCUGUGUUGGAUCGGUUCCGUGCCAUUUGCAGUGCUUGCGUCAGCCUGAAUCAUCCCCGUCCGGGGCACGCCGGAUCGAAUACAAAGGACUUGUUGGACUUGGUGACCCAUUCCACAUCUCAUUCGGCAGAAAAGAGGCUGCGCAAGGCUUUCACGGAGCCGGGCUCCGUGUGGCAAAAGCUGUACGAUGAGCUGCUCAGUAAGGGACAGAGCACAACAACCCUGAUCCCGCUGCUUGACGAGCUCACGGAGCAGCUCGAGAGCUGCGACGGGGGCCUGAGCUCCUUGGACCCACAGAUGCUCAAACUCUGUGUAGAGAGCCGCCCGCGAUUCGUCGACGAGAUGCGGGGCGGCUUGGUGCAGAAUUUUGAUUUGCAGCUGUGCAGGGUGGCCCUGCUGAUCGCCAAGGCAGUGCCGCGCCACUCGGCUGAGGAGCUGGCUUCGAUCAACCCUGGCUUCAGUGUGGACCAUGCCAUGGCAGCACUAGACGCCUGUCUUGAGGCGCCAGGAGUGGCCGAAGCGAAGAAGGGUUUGCAGGGGUGGCACAAACGGGAAAAGUCCUCCAUCCAGCUGCUCGAGCUCUUCAAGGUGUUGGAGUACUACCCCGACAAGAUCACAACGGAUUUUCCCGAAGACUUGCACUUUCCUUUUCAUGGCAAGAUCCUCUUUGACAGCAUCCUGGCAGUCGGGACGGAGACAUUGAGCAAAAAUGAGAAAGCUCGCCGACUUUGCGGAGUAGCCUAUGGCGUGCUUUUCGAGAGCUUGUUGCAGGUGUGGCUGCUCAUCAUGCUCAUCACUGAUGGCCCCGUCAGUUUUUGCGUCAUUUUUCGGAACAUGCUGCAUCCUUUGGCAUUGCACGGCGCGGUUCCCGGCCAGGAGUGGAAGGAUGAUGUCAAGGCUGUCGUGACACUGGGCAUCAAGGCUAUUCAUCACCUUCAGCAUCCGUGUGCGGACAGGGUGGAGGCUGCUUCCCGGGUCGUCCUGGCCGGCUGUGACUUCCUGGACCAGAUUGCCGUGCUGAAGCAGAUGGGGGACAGCGCUGAGUCGCGUGUCGCAGCAGAUGCCAAUUCCUCUGUCAUCAGUUCCUUGCUGCUUCAGGCCAGCAGAGUGGCAUCUUUGCUGACGGACGGGUCUGGAACUGAUGCUCUGGUCCCCGCCAAUCCCGGCCAGGAAGAUGUGACAGCUUUGGUCACCUUGAAUGCCGACUCCGCGAUCCGGCAGAUCCUUCAAGAUGAAGACUUCAUGCGUUGCUUGGACGUGACGGUGCAGAACAUGACGCAGGCUGUCAAAGAGGCUCAGGGUGCGGCGACGGCUGCCGUCAAAGAUUUCCACUACGGCGGGCCAAAGUAUUGGAAAGCUGAGCUGGCGGAUGACGUCGACAUAUCCAAAGUGCUUGAGUGUGCAACAAACACCAUCGAUGCCAUUGAUGGAGAUGAAGCAGAGGAGGCGAUCAACCGUCUGAAACAGGCUCUGUCCAAGUGCGACGAUUUCAUCGGCAAGGCCACCUUUUACGGGACCGUGAUGCCUCGGGUCACGGAUUUCAAGGGUUUCGUGGAUGGCUCGAAGGUCCUUGUGAAGAGAUGCGCGGCCCUCUCUUGCGAAUCUUUGCUCGCCUUUGCCCACGUCAGCUGCAAGUCGAUUGAGUGGCAAGCGAGGCUGAUCCGACAUCAGCUCACAGAAAUCAUGAUCGGCAACAUCGAUGAAGCGGACCUGCAUCCGGUCCUGCUGCAGUCAGCAAAGUCUCUGGUGAACCAGGUUGGCAAGCAAGCCAGGGAGGAGAAAGACAGCAAAACCAACGCCCCGACGGCAUCCCAGGCUGGCAAGCAAAGCAAGGAGGAGAAAGGCAGCAAAACCAAGGCCCCGACGGCAUCUCAGGCUAGCAAGCAAGCCAAGGAGGAGAAAGACGACAAAACCAAAGGCCCCGACGGCAUCUGCUGA